UUGCGGAGGGGUGUAAGGUCAGAGGUUUCGGAGCCGUCAUGGCGGCACUGUGCCGGUCCCGUGCAGUAAUUGCCGAGAGCCAUUUCCUGCGAGUGUUUCUCUUCUGUCGGCCCUGCCGAGGCGCAGGAACUGAGAGUAGCUCCGGGAGUGAGAGUUCCGAUUCCACAGAGCCUAAAAGAGGGCCAGGCGGCUUCGCGAACGCUUUGGAGCGGCAUUCAGAGCUGUGGCGGAAGGCGGAGCUCCGUCCGAAGAAAGGCUCUCCAAAAAAUGUGGAAUCCUUUGCUUCUAUGCUGAGACAUUGUCCUCUUACACAGAUGGGACCUGCCAAGGAUAAAGUAGUUAUUGGACGAAUCUUUCAUAUUGUGGAGAAUGAUCUUUAUAUUGAUUUUGGUGGCAAGUUUCAUUGUGUGUGUAAAAGACCAGAAGUAGAUGGAGCGAAAUACCAGAAAGGAACCAGAGUCCGACUGCGGCUAUUAGAUCUUGAACUUACGUCUAGAUUCCUGGGAGCCACCACAGAUACAACUAUACUUGAGGCUGAUGCGGUUCUCUUAGGACUCCACGAGGGUAAAGACGCCAAAUCAAAAGAGGAGCAUCACGAAUCACAAAUAAACGUCGCUUAAUGCGUUCACUCCUUUUUUGUUGAAUCCAGAUAUUCAUCAAGAAUGCAAUUAGAAAAUUGUAAAUAAAUGAUUGGAAGAAGACACAAUAAACUAAAGCUAUAAUUGUA